CAGCACCCGAGCCGGCCGGCAAGUGUGGUCUCCCGUGAGCUCACCCCGCAGCCUCCGACUCCGGUCGCUGCUGCCCGGGCGCACCGCCCUCCCUGCGCUCUCCCGGACUCGGCGCCCGCCGCUGCGCCCUCGCCGCCACUCCCGGCCGCUGACUUGUGUGCACACAGGAUCCCUGCUGGGCACAAACAGCUCCACCAUGGGGCUGCCCUGGGCACUCAGUGUCCUGUUCCUGUUACAUGUGUGUGGCUCCAACCACAUUCCAGAGUCUGGAGGAGACAACAGCGUGUUCGACAUCUUUGAACUCACGGGCGCUGCCCGCAAGGGCUCUGGGCGCCGACUGGUGAAGGGUCCUGACCCUUCCAGCCCAGCUUUCCGCAUCGAGGAUGCCAACCUGAUCCCCCCUGUGCCUGAUGACAAGUUCCAAGACCUAGUGGAUGCUGUGCGGGCCGAGAAAGGUUUCCUCCUGCUGGCCUCCCUGAGGCAGAUGAAGAAGACUCGGGGCACACUGCUGGCCGUGGAGCGGAAAGACCACUCUGGCCAGAUCUUCAGCGUGGUCUCCAAUGGCAAGGCGGGCACCCUUGACCUUAGCCUGACCGUGCAGGGCAAGCAGCAUGUGGUGUCCGUGGAAGAAGCGCUCCUGGCGACUGGCCAGUGGAAGAGCAUCACCCUGUUUGUGCAGGAGGACAGGGCCCAGCUGUACAUCGACUGUGAGAAGAUGGAGAAUGCUGAGCUGGACGUCCCCAUCCAAAGCAUCUUCACCAGGGACCUGGCUAGCAUCGCCAGACUCCGCAUCGCAAAAGGAGGUGUCAAUGACAAUUUCCAGGGGGUGCUGCAGAACGUGAGGUUUGUCUUCGGAACCACACCAGAGGACAUCCUCAGGAACAAAGGCUGCUCCAGCUCUGCCAAUGUCCUUCUCACCCUCGACAACAAUGUGGUGAAUGGUUCCAGCCCUGCCAUCCGCACUAACUACAUUGGCCACAAGACAAAGGAUCUGCAAGCCAUCUGCGGCAUCUCUUGUGACGAGCUGUCCAACAUGGUCCUGGAGCUCAGGGGCCUGCGUACCAUCGUGACCACGCUUCAGGACAGCAUCCGCAAAGUGACUGAAGAGAACAAAGAGCUGGCCAAUGAGCUGAGGAGGCCUCCCCUCUGCUACCACAAUGGAGUUCAGUACAGGAAUAACGAGGAAUGGACUGUUGAUAGCUGCACUGAGUGUCGCUGUCAGAACUCAGUCACUAUCUGCAAAAAAGUGUCCUGCCCCAUCAUGCCCUGCUCCAAUGCCACAGUUCCUGAUGGAGAAUGCUGCCCACGGUGUUGGCCCAGCGACUCUGCAGACGAUGGCUGGUCCCCAUGGUCUGAGUGGACCUCCUGCUCCGUGACAUGUGGCAAUGGAAUCCAGCAGCGUGGCCGCUCCUGUGAUAGCCUCAACAACCGAUGCGAGGGAUCCUCCGUCCAGACGCGGACCUGCCACAUUCAGGAGUGUGAUAAGAGAUUUAAACAGGAUGGCGGCUGGAGCCACUGGUCCCCGUGGUCCUCUUGCUCUGUGACGUGUGGUGAUGGUGUGAUCACAAGGAUCCGGCUCUGCAACUCGCCCAGCCCCCAGAUGAAUGGGAAACCCUGUGAAGGCGAAGCUCGGGAGACCAAAGCCUGCAAGAAAGACGCCUGCCCCAUCAAUGGAGGCUGGGGACCCUGGUCCCCGUGGGACAUCUGUUCUGUCACCUGUGGAGGAGGGGUGCAGAAACGUAGCCGGCUCUGCAACAACCCCGCACCCCAGUUUGGAGGCAAGGACUGCGUUGGUGAUGUCACAGAGAACCAGAUCUGCAACAAGCAGGACUGUCCAAUUGAUGGAUGCCUGUCCAACCCCUGCUUUGCUGGUGCUAAGUGUACUAGCUACCCUGACGGCAGCUGGAAAUGUGGUGCGUGUCCCCCUGGUUACAGCGGAAAUGGCAUCCAGUGUGAAGAUGUCGAUGAGUGCAAAGAAGUGCCUGACGCCUGCUUCACCCACAACGGAGAGCACAGGUGUAGGAACACAGACCCCGGCUACAACUGCCUGCCUUGCCCGCCGCGCUUCACUGGCUCGCAGCCCUUCGGCCAGGGCGUGGAACACGCCGCUGCCAACAAGCAGGUGUGCAAGCCCCGCAACCCCUGCACAGACGGGACGCACGACUGCAACAAGAACGCCAACUGCAACUACCUGGGCCACUACAGUGACCCCAUGUACCGCUGCGAGUGCAAGCCCGGCUACGCUGGCAAUGGCAUCAUCUGCGAGGAGGACACAGACCUGGACGGCUGGCCCAACGAGGACCUGGUGUGCGUGGCCAAUGCAACUUACCACUGCAAAAAGGAUAAUUGCCCCAACCUCCCCAACUCGGGCCAGGAAGACUAUGACAAGGAUGGAGUUGGCGAUGCCUGUGAUGAUGAUGAUGACAAUGAUAAAAUUCCAGAUGAUAGGGACAACUGUCCAUUCCAUUACAACCCAGCCCAGUAUGACUAUGACAGAGAUGAUGUGGGAGACCGCUGUGACAACUGUCCCUACAACCACAACCCAGAUCAGGCUGACACAGACAACAACGGGGAAGGAGACGCCUGCGCUGCAGACAUUGAUGGGGAUGGUAUCCUCAAUGAGCGAGACAACUGCCAGUAUGUCUACAACGUGGACCAGAGGGACACAGAUAUGGAUGGGGUUGGAGAUCAGUGUGACAACUGCCCCCUGGAACACAAUCCAGAUCAGCUCGACUCAGACUCAGACCGCAUUGGAGAUACCUGUGACAACAAUCAGGAUAUUGACGAAGAUGGCCACCAGAACAACCUGGACAACUGUCCCUAUGUGCCCAAUGCCAACCAAGCUGACCAUGACAAAGAUGGCAAGGGAGAUGCCUGCGACCACGAUGAUGACAAUGAUGGCAUUCCUGAUGACAGGGAUAACUGCAGACUCGUGCCCAAUCCCGACCAGAAGGACUCUGAUGGUGAUGGUCGAGGUGAUGCUUGCAAAGAUGAUUUUGACCAUGACAAUGUGCCAGAUGUUGAUGAUAUCUGUCCUGAAAACGUUGAUAUCAGUGAAACCGAUUUCCGCCGAUUCCAGAUGAUUCCUCUAGAUCCCAAAGGGACAUCCCAAAAUGAUCCUAACUGGGUUGUACGCCAUCAGGGUAAAGAACUCGUCCAAACUGUCAACUGUGAUCCUGGACUUGCUAUAGGUUAUGAUGAGUUUAAUGCUGUGGACUUCAGUGGCACCUUCUUCAUCAACACCGAGAGGGACGAUGACUACGCUGGGUUUGUGUUUGGCUACCAGUCCAGCAGCCGCUUCUAUGUUGUGAUGUGGAAGCAAGUCACCCAGUCCUACUGGGACACCAACCCUACAAGGGCUCAGGGAUACUCAGGCCUUUCUGUGAAAGUCGUGAACUCCACCACGGGGCCUGGCGAGCACCUGCGGAAUGCCCUGUGGCACACAGGAAACACCCCUGGCCAGGUGCGCACCCUGUGGCAUGACCCUCGUCACAUAGGCUGGAAAGACUUCACCGCCUACAGAUGGCGUCUCAGCCACAGGCCAAAGACAGGUUUCAUUAGAGUGGUGAUGUAUGAAGGGAAGAAAAUCAUGGCUGACUCAGGACCCAUCUAUGACAAAACCUAUGCUGGUGGCAGGCUAGGGUUGUUUGUCUUCUCUCAAGAAAUGGUGUUCUUCUCCGACCUGAAAUAUGAAUGCAGAGAUUCAUAAUCAUCCAACUGUUGAUCAAAAGACUGAUCAUAACCGAUGCUGGUAUUGCACCUUCUGGAACCAUGGGCUUAAGAAAACCCCCAGGAUCUCUCCUCCCUGCCUUCCUUUUUUCUCUGCUUGCAUCAGUGUGGACUCCUAGAACAUGUGACUUGCCUCAAGAAAAUGCAAUUUCCCAAAUCAGACUCAGCAUUCAGCCUCUGAAUGAGAAGAGACUCUUACAAAAAUAUAAACUUUGUGCUUUUGAAAAAGCAAAAGCAUCCACUUGCUUCAGUGGGAAGGUGCCCGCUCCACUGGGCUUUUGUCACGGUGCAGGGUGCUCUUAUGAGGCCCUUCUGAGCAGUGGACUCAAAAGCGUUUUCAGGCAUGUGAGAGAAGGGAGGACUCACUAGAAUUAGCAAACCAAACCACCCCGACACACUCCCUCAGGACUAGGGGGAACAUGGGCCAAACCCUGAGGGGUGGGCGCGUAUCCAAGAGAUGAUUGUAUGAAGAAAAUAUGGAGGAACUGUUACAUGUUUGGUACUAAAUCAUUUUCAGGGGAUCGAAAGACUAUGGCUGGAUUUCAUGAUGCUGACCGGUGUUAGCUGACUAACCCACAUAAAUAGGCACUUAAAUAGAAGCAGGGAAGGGAGGGCAAGAUUGGCUUCUGGACUUCCUCUCGGAUCCCCACCCCUUACACAUCACCUUUAGUGACCGAGGAGGGAGUCAGAAGUAAACCAGUGUAAGGCAGUGCUGGCUGCUUCUGCCUGGUUACAUUGAAACUGUUGGUUUUCUUCCAGAUGUAGCUCGUGCAGAUGUAGCAGGAAAAUAAGAAAACCUACCAUCUCAGUGAGCACCGGGCUGCCUCCCAAGGGAGGGGCAGCCGGGCUUGUAUUUUUAUGGUUAGAAAGGCACAAAAAUAUUAUCAACUUAACUAAAACAUUCCUCUUCUCUCUUUUUCUCCUGAAUAUCAUAGAUUUCCAGUUCUCUUUUGGACUGUAAGUUUUUGUUUUACAAAUGCUUUACAAUGUAAAAUAUUUAUUUUUUACCUAUUCUGGAGGAUCUGUCUGAAAGACUAUUCAUGGAACAGGAAGAAGCAUGAGGAUUAUCCGUGUCAUCUUUGUUAUGAGUCUUCAUGACUGUAAGAUUGUAAAUACAGAUUAUUUAUUAACUCUGUUCUACCUGGAAUCUAGGUUUGGUAUGGAAAGUAUCUGAGAGCAGGUAGUCGAGAUUUACGAGGAAGGCUCUCACAGGAGCUGUACAAGGAGAACAGCACAGUCAGCUGCUCUUCACUCUGUGCGUAGAAUGAAUGAUUUGGGAUUCUUUUUUUCUUCUCCCCUUGUUUGUUUUGUCUUUUCAAGUGGAAUUAGUUGGUUGUCCAUUUGCAAGUGUUGUUAGAUUGCAAAGAAAGCCAGGAGGUCUUCGAUACUGUUUUACCCCAUCCCUUGUGCCUAUUUCCAGGAAGAAGAAAAGCAUCUACGCUUAUAUUUUUUUUUUCAUUUUUCCAAACGAGAAAAAAAGGACAAAGGUGAAACUUAUAUACAAAUAUUACCUCAUUUGUUGUGUGACUGAGUAAAGAAUUUUUGGAUCAAACAGAAGGAGUUUAAGUGUCUAACAAACUAGCUACUGUAGUACCUAAAAAAGUCAAUGUUGUACAUAGUAUAAAAUUCUUUGCAGAAAAGUAUUCCCAAUAAGGAAAUAGCAUUGAAAUGUUCAAUACAUUUUCUGAAAGUUAUGUUUUUUCUAUCAUCUUGUAUGCCAUUGCUUUAUUUUUAUAAAUUAUUUUCUCAUUGCCAUUGGAAUAGAUAUCUCAGAUUGUGUAGAUAUGCUAUUUAAAUAAUUUAUCAGGAAAUACUGCCUGUAGAGUUAGUAUUUCUAUUUUUAUAAAAUGUUUGCACACUGAAUUGAAGAAUUGUUGGUUUCUUUUUUGUUUUUGAUUUGUUUUUUGCUUGUUACCCCCCGCUGCCCCCUAGUUUUUACUAUUUGCCAAUACCUUUUUCUAGGAAUGUGCUUUUUUUGUACACAUUUUUAUCCAUUUUACAUUCUAAAGCAGUGUAAGUUGUAUAUUACUGUUUCUUAUGUACAAGGAACAACAAUAAAUCAUAUGGGAAUUUAUAUUUA